ACGAAAACGAAAGCGAAAAUGAAUCUUUAUCCCUAAAUUUUGAAAUUCAAAUCCGCGCUAACAGUCUCUCUCUCUCUAGAGAAGGUCGUCGGAGAUGUUUUCCGUCAAGGAGAAUCCGAGGGGGAAGCCAGAGAAUGUGAAGAUUGAGAAUCUUUUCGUUCAGAUCUUUGAGAGGAAGAGGCGAAUCGUCGACCAGGUUAAGCAACAAGUAGAUCUCUAUGACCACCAUUUAGCCUCCAAAUGCCUACUCGCCGGAGUAUCUCCUCCGCCGUGGCUUUGGUCUCCGUCUCUACCUUCCCAAACUUCCGAGUUGAAUAAGGAGGAGAUUAUAUCAGAACUUCUAUUUCCUUCAUCAAGACCUUCCAUCAUUUGUCCUAGCGGUCGUCGUCCCUUUUCAUACCAACGGCCUGUCAAGUGUCUAGCUGACAAUGUAGUAAGACAAGACCUGACGUCUGUGGUAAAUAAUCACCUGAUAGAAGAGCAGUUGCUUGAAGAGGAACCACAACACGACCUCUCACACAACUUAGUCAGACAUGUUUCGAAUCAUUCUCAUGAGCAGGAUGCUAAUAUUGCACCUCCUAGAGAUGUCCAUGAGAAAGAGGGAUUGCCAGAAAGUGUCUCAAUCGAUUGCAGAGAGAAUCAAAGUUGUUCAUCUCCUGAACACUCUCAGAAUCAGACAGUUGAAACUAAUGUUGAUGCUACAUCUCCUGGAUGUAGCCAAGGGGAAAAGGUUCUCAAAAGUGUCCCAACUACUGGUUGUGAGCGGAAACCAUCACCUCCCGGUUAUCGUCAAGAAGAAAAUGAUCCAGACGCUUACCUUGACCCUGGAUUAUCACUUGCUAAGAUGCAGAGAUCAAGGUCACGUCAGAAAGCUUUGGAGCUUCGUAGUAGUGCCAAAGCGUCGAAAAGCCGUUCAAAAAGUAGAAGUGAUCUCAAAUCUUCUCCGGAUGGAAACAUAGGCUUUGGGAUUGCUUCUUUAAGGUCUGACAGUGUUAGUGAGAUUAAGUUAUUUAAGCAUGAUGAGAAUGAUGUAGAGUGUGGAAACGAAGAAGAGAACAGCAAUUCUCAAGUUAAAGGAGGGGAUCAGUGUAUUAAAACUAGUUUAACUACGGAGUCUUUUACCUUGCAUCAGAAAGUGGAUUCGGUGAAAAAAACUUUGAGCGGGGAUGCUUAUGCUUCUAGUGUACCAGAAUCUGUACCCGAGUCUGGUCAUGUGAAUAACAUUGACUUAUUACAGUGCAAUGAGACAAUUAAAGAAGGGUCUGCCGAAGUAGAUGAGCAAGUGGAUGAUCCCAAAAGCAGAACUUGCAAUGAAACUGCUUAUCUCGAUGGAAGUACUGAGCAAGUGGAUUAUCCCAAAAGCAGAAGUUGCAAUGAAACUGCUUAUCUCGAUGGAAGUACCGAGCAAGUGGAUGAUCCCAAAAGCAGAAGUUGCAGUGAAACAGCUUAUCUCGAUGGAAGUACAAGAUCUAAAAGCUCAAGUCAAGAUAGCGCCAAGGAGAAACAUCAGGAAUCAAGCAACUCCUUUUCUGGUAACUUUCAGUCAAGAAAUUCAAAUCCCUCUGACCGGGCUGCUCAUGAAGUAGAAUUACCUCAAGCAAUAUCUAUGACUAAUGAACUUUCUAUGAUGACAAAUGCUGAAACGAGCAUCUUUCAAUCUGGAAUCAUUGCAACAUCCAGAAGUAAUGCUCGAGAAGAUAGAUUCAAGACCGAGCAUUCAGGCUCUGUUGAGUCUUCUCCAGUUGAUGUGGAGCCAAGAGAUUCAAUGUUAGUACUGCAAGAUAGCCAUGUAAAAGAUUCACUGAAUCCCUCUACUGUUGAUGUGGAAGGUUUAGUAUUUGAAAAUAUAACUAGCAAUGAUCAAUCAGAAGAAAAGGGUGAAUGUGUUGACACGAACAGAUGUUCAAGUGCUGAAAGGGUAAACCAAACGGGCAUCUCCCCAGAUGAGACCUUAUGUGCGGGUGCAAUCCAAGAUUCUAUGUCCAAGACUGAGCUUUUGGGCUUUUUUGAGUCCCCUUUAGUUGAACUGCAGUCGAGAGACUCAGUAAUGCACUCAGACGAUGAAAGUGAAUUUUUGAAGCCCAUUGCUGUUAUUGGUGAAGCUUUAGUGGAGGAAGAUAGCAAUGGUGUAUCGAUUGAAAGUAGCAGUAUUUCAAAUUCUAGAAGUUCAAACCAAACUGACAUCACGGUAGUUGAGCCAUUGGUGGUUGAAUCUAUUCUUCAGGAAAGCGUUACGCCGGAAAACUUGAUUGACCAUUCUAAAAGAUGUGAUAUUAGUUGUGGGUCCAAAGAAAUGCUGCCACUGGGUUCAGUGACAAAUGCUGGGAGUAGCCAAUGCCAUGAAAGAAUUAGUAGGCCAAGAUGCUCAGCCACAGAAGAGGAAUCAGCAAAUGAAUAUAAGGAUCUUUCUGUUGGCUCUUAUCAUAAAUCGGCUGACAAACAGCUUGAAGUUAGAGAAGGAAAUUCAUCGCUGGGAAUCCCUGAUCGCCCUGUUUUUGUGAAGCCUGCAUCAACCCAUUUUGAUGAUAAUGAAGAAUGCAAUUUCCAUGAGGUUCCAGUGAAAAUUCAAGAAAAAUCAAUAAUGGAGAAGGUCCCCACCCCAGCAUCCGCUGCAAAGGUGUUUGAUCUCCCAUAUCUCACUGAUUUUGGAGUAAAUCUCUCGGCUGACAAUGAAAUUUUGGAGCACAGUGAGUUAAAAAUAGAAAUGGUACAAGAAAUGGAAUCGCAUGCAAGGCGCUCUGGCUUAAAAGUAGGAGAGGAUGAACCUGCAGAGUCAAAUACAUUUACUGGCCAUUUAGAUGCAUCGAGAAAGAGAGCUCAACAUGAAACAUCCUAUGAAAAAGGUGUUCCCCCAAUUAAAAGAGAUGAAAAAUGUACAGAAACAGAAGAUUCUCAUGAUCCAGAGAGCUCGAUUCAGGAAUUUUUCUGCUCUAGUUCCGCCAUUGGGGGAUCCAUGCGGCAGAAUAAGCGGAGAAGAACCCUGGAAAAAACAACUAGUAGAGUGCUUUCGCCAAGCCCAGGGGGAGACAAUCUCGAGUUAGAUUCUGUUAGGGAAACAGUACAUCUUCGGGAGGAAGUUGCAUGUAACAACCUCGAUAACUAUGAAGUUGAGUUACAGAAGUUGAUUGGAUCUGCAUCUUCAGAUCACUAUGGUGUUGAGUUACAAAAGAUGAUCGGAUCUGCAUCUUCAGCUGAGUUACGAUUUGAUGAGAGUUACUUAUUCAAGGAAGCUGGAUUGAUGAGUCCUGCCUCACCUUCCUUCAGACCAGAACAGCUAAGUGUACAGAGGAGUCAAAUUGCUCCAGAUCACGGAGUUAGAUCAGAAAAUAUUCACUUUUUGCCAUUUGCUGGAAAAACAUCACAUGGAUUAGCUAGUUGCAUUGUUCGCGAUUCAGAUGGUUCUCCUUGUUUACCACCCUUGGGUUUGAUAAGCUCAGACGAUGGAAGCCCCCCUGUUUUGGAGGGAUUUAUAAUCCAAACGGAUGAUGAAAAUCAAAGCGGCUCCAAAAACCAAUUAAAUCAUGACAGCUUCCAACUUCCAAGAACUACAGCAGAAAGUACAGCCAUGAUAGAGCAGAUUUGCAAGUCUGCUUGCAGGACCACUCCGUCAUUACAUUUGGCUGAAACAUUUAAGUUCGAUGGAAAACUAGACUUGGAUCAGUCCGUUUCAACUGAGCUAUUUGAUGGCAUGUUUUUCAGUCAGAAUCUCGAGGGUAGCUCUGUCUUUGAUAACUUAGGGAUUAACCAUGAUUAUACAGGAAGAUCGUACACUGACUCUCUGCCUCUUUCUGGUGGUGGCUCAUCUGCUGAGGCUAGUAAUCCUUGCACGUCACCGACUGAGAAGUUGUGGUAUAGAAGUUUGCAAAAGUCUUCCAGUUCAGAGAAACGAAGCAGUCAGACACCAGACCUACCUUGCAUUAGCGAAGAGAAUGAGAACGUAGAAGAGGAAGCUGAGAACUUAUGCACAAACACUCCAAAGUCUAUGAGGUCAGAGAAGCAAAGAAGUUCAAUUCUGGAACUUCCUUGCAUAGCUGAAGAGAAUGAAAACAUGGAAGAGAUAUCUGAAGCUGUCAAUGAAGCAUCUGGUUCUGAAAGGGAGAAUGUCUCUGCCGAAAUGAAACUUCUUGGUGAUGUUAAUGAAGAAGACCCUAUGAAGUUUCUUCCACUUGUUUCUGAAGCCAAGAUUCUUGUUGAUCGACAGAGUCUAGACUCUGUCAAUACUGCAUUCAGCUUUUCCGCUAAGUGCAACAGUGUCAAAAGUAAAGUGGGAAAGCAGAGUAACCGAAGGUUCACGGGUAAAGGUAAAGAGAACCAAAGUGGAGCAGGUGCUAAAAGAAAUGUUAAACCACCUAGUAGCAGGAUUAGUAAGCCUAAGUUGUCUUGUAACUCGAGUUUGGAAACUGUAGGUCCCCGGUUACCAGAAAAAGAACCUAGGCACAACAACAUCGUCUCCAACAUCACUUCGUUCGUUCCACUUGUGCAGCAGCAAAAACCAGCACCUGCACUAAUUACAGGCAAGAGGGAUGUCAAAGUAAAGGCCCUGGAGGCUGCUGAGGCUUCAAAACGGAUUGCUGAACAGAAAGAGAAAGAUCGUAAGCUGAAGAAGGAAGCUAUGAAGCUUGAAAGGGCUAGACAGGAACAGGAAAAUCUGAGAAAGCAGGAGAUAGAGAAGAAAAAGAAAGAAGAUGAUCGAAAGAAAAAGGAGGCGGAAAUGGCUUGGAAGCAAGAGAUGGAAAAGAAAAAGAAAGAAGAAGAGCGGAAGAGAAAGGAGUUUGAGAUGGCUGAUAGGAAAAGGCAGAGGGAAGUAGAAGACAAAAAGGUGAAGGAAGCUAAAAGACAACGCAUUGCAGAAAUUCAGAGACAGCAAAGAGAGGCUGAUGAAAAACUACAAGCUGAAAAAGAAUUGAAAAGACAUGCUAUGGAUGCGAGGAUAAAAGCACAGAAAGAACUCAAAGAAGACCAAAAUAAUGCAGAGAAACCCCGAGGACAAGCGAAUACUAGGAUCCCUGAAGUGAGAUCAAAGAGUAAUUCCAGUGACGAUACCAAUACUUUAAGAAGCUCCAGGGAUAAUUAUUUCAAGGUGAUAAGCAAUCCAGGGAAAAUGUCUGAAGAACCCAACAUGGGAUUUGAAGAAAUGGAAGAAUCGUACGACAUGUCUCCAUACAAAUGCUCAGACGACGAAGAGGAAGAGGAAGACAACAAUUACGACAUGUCAAACAAAAAAUUCGUUCCUACUUGGGCCAGUAAGAGCAAUGUCACGGUCGCUGUCAUUCCCCAACAAAGCCUUGAUCCUAAAAUUACUUUCCCCGUAAAAAGAAAAUGCGAUAUAAGCGAAGUUCUUUUGCCUCCAAGGUUCCAAUCAAGAUAGCAUAAACUACGAGAAGCCAAAGGUCAGAUUUACAGUGACAUUAAAACUUAGAACCACCACAAACAAAGUAAGUAUCAAUGUGUUUCAAGUUUCGUAUCUUUUGCUGGAAAUGAGGAACAUAAACCUUAGUAGCCUUGAAGCUUAAAAAUUAGUUUGUGAAUUCUCUAUCUCUCUUUACUUAUUGUAGCAAGGUAUCCGACAAUCAAAAUCGAAUCUCUCAAGGUUUUUUUUGUGCUUUCUUCUUAUGUAUGUAACAGUGAAUGGGUAAUGUAAUAAUUAAUUUAGUCAUCCCUA